ACAACUCGCUCAAGAUCUACUCGAUAUAAUUCUCCCAGCUACAGCGCUUGGAUAUGUCCAUUUUGAAGAUGGGUUUGUUGGUCUUACUGCGGUCAUUUCUUCUAUUAUGGGUGCUCAAACACAAUGGAAAAAAGUCAAUGGUACAAAAUAA